AUGUCGUUUUUGGGAAUCACCCUCUACAUACUGGCGAACUGGUCAUACACGGUCGCCGCCUUUACGGAUCCCGGCUCGCCCUUGAAAUCUCCUUCUAAAUCAUCGGAUAGGAGCCAGGGGAGAUACUCGAUGCUUCCUACUCACGAACCUGUGGCCGACGUGAGCCAGAUCCAGAGCAUUACCGUCUCCUCGACCGGAGCACCCAGAUUCUGCAAAAAGUGUCAUACUCCAAAGCCUGAUCGGACACAUCAUUGCUCUACUUGCAAAAGGUGCGUCUUGAAGAUGGACCACCAUUGCCCUUGGCUGUCCACCUGCCUGGGCUUGCACAACUAUAAAGCAUUUGUACUCUUUCUCAUCUACACGUCUCUGUUCUGCUGGGUCUGCUUUCUCAAUGCAGCAUGGUGGAUGUGGAAGGAACUUUUCGAGCAAAGCGGCUAUCUCGACGAAGUGGCACCUAUCAACAUCAUCCUCCUUUCCGUCAUCGCUGGAAUCAUCGGUUUGGUACUGAGUGCGUUCACUGGGUGGCAUAUAUAUCUCUGCACCAAGGGGCAAACUACCAUCGAGAGACUCGAGAAGACGAGAUACCUUAGUGGUGUCAGGACUCUCGUGGAACGAAAUCGCCAGGAGCAGCAACUGAACCACAGCAGACACAGCUCUGAAGGUGUUGCGGGCAGGUUGCAGCGGGCUGGGGAGCAGUUUCUCGAGUGGAAUGCCAAUGCUGUACCUGGGGCCUCACGGUACGAGGAAGGUGAAGAACACACGUCGCCCGUCCCGAGUGUCUAUAACACGACAAACCGUGAGAUGCCAUAUUCUCAAGGUCCAGACCACAGCCACAACGAUGCUUUCAACAACACCCCAGCCGUUCGUGCGUUGCGAAAUACUUACUCUCACAUGGAGGCCGCUCGCGAGCGUGAGAGAUAUGCUCAAUACCUAGAUGACCAAGAGUCCGAGAAAAUGCCCAACGCAUUCGAUCUGGGCUGGCGCCGGAAUCUUAGCCACUUAUUUGGACCAAAUCGAUUCCUCUGGCCUUUACCGAUUUGUAAUACCACGGGUGAUGGAUGGCGGUGGGAAGUCAGCCCGAAAUGGCUCGCGGCGCAGGAAGAAGCGGUGAAGAGGAAAGAGCAAAGAUUAGCGGCGAUGAUGGAUCACGAUCAUUAUGCAGAGCCUUCAAAUGGAAGAGGCGAUCGUGGCCAUGGGUAUCAAGAGUACGAGAGAGAUCGAGACCGCGAUUACACCAUCAACUUUGACGAGCGCCACGAGACCACUGUCCCACGGAAUGGGGAUGAGGAUCUGUACUCACGCAGUGCCAUGUCCAUGAAACAUCUGCCACCAAAUCAAAACAACGCGCCCUCGCCGGCCGAUCAGCGCAAGAGAAGACAAAAGAGAGACUUUGACCAGAACGAGCCGUUCGAGGUCAGCAGUGGCGACGAGGACAGCGACUCGGACAUUGGAUAUGACGUUAGGGACGAUCAGGAUGAUGCGGAGAGAGGCUGGAUCAGGAGGAACCGUGCAGGCAGAGUGAAAUGA